UACGGUGUGGUUGCCUUGUGAAAGUUGCGAGGCUGCUCCUUCAUCUCGCGAUACAAACUGACUACCUGCACUCAUGUCAGUUGUGAGAGUUUUUCUGUUCUCGCGCGAUCUGGUAACUUUCCCACGCCUGUUGUUUUGGCGUCUGCCCUCUGGCCGCCGUCCCUCCCUCUCCCUCCUUCCUCCCCUUCCCACCGCGGUGCCCGGUCACACCUCCCCCUCUUUUUCUCCCUUUUUCCUUCCAGUCUGCUUCUUCUGUUGUGCCGUUGGCUUUGCAGUGGGGCUGUGGGAGGGAUCUCGCGAUUGUUGGACUUUUUUUUCGUAGAGGGGGUGAGUAAUUCGGAAGAUGGCGCCCGUUGUUACGGGGAAGUUUGGUGAGCGACCGCAGCCACAGCGCCUGACAAGGGAGGCUAUGAGGAGUUAUUUAAAGGAAAAGGACGAUCAAACUGUGCUCAUACUUCACGCAAAGGUCGCCCAAAAGUCAUAUGGCAACGAAAAAAGGUUUUUCUGUCCUCCACCCUGUGUGUAUUUGUUGGGCAGUGGUUGGCAAAAGAAGCUGGAGAAGAUGGAGAAGGAGGGAUGCACGGAGCAGGAAGCCCAGCCGUGUGCAUUUAUUGGAAUUGGUAACAGUGAGCAGGAGAUGCAGCAGCUCAAUCUGGAGGGGAAGCACUUCUGCACCGCAAAGACGCUCUACAUUAGUGACUCAGAUAAGAGGAAACACUUCAUGCUGUCUGUGAAGAUGUUAUAUGGGAACUGUGCAAACAUCGGCGUCUUCCUCAGCAAGAGGAUCAAGGUCAUCUCCAAGCCCUCGAAGAAGAAACAGUCCUUGAAAAAUGCAGAUUUGUGUAUCGCAUCAGGGACUAAGGUGGCGCUGUUUAACCGUUUGCGGUCCCAGACUGUGAGCACCAGGUAUCUUCAUGUGGAGGGUGGAAACUUUCAUGCCAGCUCCCAGCAGUGGGGUGCCUUCUACAUCCACCUCUUGGACGAAGACGAGUCAGAAGGGGAGGAGUUUGCUGUGAGAGAUGGCUACAUCCACUAUGGUCAGACAAUCAAAUUGGUCUGCUCUGUUACUGGCAUGGCUCUGCCCAGACUAGUCAUCCGCAAAGUGGACAAGCAGACGGCAUUAAUGGACGCAGACGACCCAGUGUCCCAGCUUCACAAGUGUGCCUUCUACCUGAAGGACACGGACAGGAUGUAUCUCUGUCUCUCACAGGAAAGGAUCAUCCAGUUCCAGGCAACACCGUCCUCCAAAGAGUCCAACAAAGAGACCAUUAAUGACGGAGCUUCCUGGACUAUUAUUAGCACUGACAAGGCAGAGUACACCUUUUAUGAGGGCAUGGGCCCUGUCCCCACACCGGUCACACCCGUUCCUGUUGUAGAGAGUCUGCAGUUGAACGGCGGAGGAGAUGUAGCAAUGUUAGAGCUGACAGGACAGAACUUCACCCCUAACCUCAGAGUGUGGUUUGGAGAUGUUGAGGCUGACACCUUGUACAGAUGUGGGGAGAGCAUCCUGUGUGUGGUACCAGACAUCUCUGCCUUCAGGGAAGGCUGGCGCUGGGUGAGACAGCCGGUGCAGGUUCCUGUGGCACUGGUCCGCAACGACGGGAUCAUUUAUGCCACCGCCCUGACCUUCACCUACACCCCUGAACCAGGGCCACGACCUCACUGCAGCACCACCGAGGCCAUUCUGUGCUCACAUAGCAUAUCUUCUUCAUCACCGGCGUCUUCCGCUUCACCGUCAUCCACGCUGGGUGGUCUAGGAGAUGGCCAAAGAUCCUACAGCAUUAGUGACUCAGGAAUAUCAUCAGGGGCAUCAACGAUGUCGGUGCUGUCAUAGUUUGUUGUGCAGAACGUGUGGUGUUGAUAAUUGAGAAAAUUAUUUACAAAGACGCUCAUGGACGUGUGAAGGAAUGCACGGAAACGCAAAUCAAAUAUUUGGAAUCAUGGCGAUUGCUUGUGGGAGCUGGAAGAGAAAAAUAACAAGUCAAAAGACUUAUUUUGGCGAACUGACUCCUCUCUUUGGCUCCAUCGUGUGGUUGCUUGUGGGACAUGCCUUCAGCACUCGGUUCUCAAAAAAGACUAAUUUACUGUCUGACAAAACAAGAUGCUAAAAAAGUGGAUGCGUCUAAGCUUUUUUAUUUUCUUCCAUUUUUCACUGCCACAGUCAUGUUUUUACUAAAGGACUUCCGGAAUGUUCCUGUUGUGUCCAAAGGAAAACUGAUGUAAUUAGAGUAGCAUAGGUUUUACAGACCAAGACAAUAAUAAUAUUAUAUUAUUUGAAUCCUAUUGUAUUUUUUUAAGCUUUGAUGGAGUUAUACUAUGACAUUUCAAGGAUACUUCAUAGUACAUUUACAUUUAUAACAUUUUUUCUUUGCCAUGUUUUUGCCUUUUACUUUGAGUUAUGCCCUUAAUAAAAAAGCUAAUGGUGGAAAUGGCAUUUAGUCUCACAUAGCCUAGCUUUCCCCCUAAAACAUCAGCUGCUGUUUUUAAGUUGCGGAUAUUUUGUACUUGGUUAUAAUAAUUGAAUUUUUAAAUUCUGAAUUAUCUCGAAAGUUCAAACGUGCAGAUCCAGUAUGAUUUAAUGGAGGCACUUAAUUUAUCUGGCAGCAGUUGCUCAUCUUAACAGCUGGAGCUAGGUUACUAAUUGGUCACAGCUGUUUCUUUAAUCACAGGACUCAAGCUGAAAUACAAAAUAAAUGUUUUGGUUUUUUAAAAGAAUUUAAAGGUUUUGUUUUUACCUGAAGACUAAAGAUUGUGUGAUUUUGUGACCCUGUUGUUGCUAUGGUUCCAGAGAUUGUACUUCUGUGUUGGACAAGCUUUAAAGUUCUGCCAUCAGCUGUGAUGAUGUUGUCAAAGGCAGCUUUUAGCAGUAAAACAUGCUGAGUUGAUCACAGACUCUUCUGCCUUUUUCGAGUGGUUUUUUUUAAUCAUCGAUAUUUAAAACACAUUUGUGAUGCCUUUUUCAUCGUUGACCACUUCACCUGCUGUCUUAAAAUAACUAACCAAGUGCCUUGAUUUUUAUUUUUGUAUCACUCUACAUGUAUAGGAAUGGACAGUAAAAAAAUGUUUGGUCCAAGUUGAAAGUUUUUUUUAACCUGACAUAAAUCACUUACACUCUUCCAUGUGUAAAUACAAACCUAAAUAUUUUGCCCAAAGUUUCUUAUUUUGUGUUAACCCACAUGUCAAUCACAGUCUCUGCUUGGUGGUCUUGGUUUAAUUUACUAUUUAAUUAUAAUAUAGUCAGUUGAAUGAAUACAGGUACAGUUCAGACUGUAAAUAUGUUAACUUAUAAAGACAGUGUUUGUUAAUUUAGUCUGGUUUUACAGAGAGUAGAGUUUUUAUUGUGACUUGUACACACUUUAAAGUCUUUGCUUGUUUAAAGGAAGCUUUGUUACUACAACAGCAUUCUGAUUUUCUCACUGCCUUCUGUCAGUUAACACUCUACCAGCUCAUCUGACUGUCAACAUGGCCGUGGGUCUGGGUUUUAAAGAGGAAAACGACACAUGGAAUCUUAUACUUUUAUUUCACCCAAUAUUUAGAUUGAGUGAGACUGUGUUAAUUUUGAACAAAUUAAACCCCAAUAUGACUUUUUUUUUACAUCUGAAUGUCAGGAAUAAAGUUCAGC